AUGGGAAUGAAGCAAGUCAUUAAAAACCUCGACGCGUUUCCACGUGCCGAGGAUCACUUGUUGAAAAAAACCCAAUCUGGGGCUCUCGUAUCCGUCAUUGGAUUGAUUAUAAUGGCCACAUUGUUUGUGCACGAACUAGGUUAUUAUCUUAAAACUUAUACCAUUCACCAGAUGUCAGUGGACUUGAAACGAGGAGAAACUCUUCCCAUCCAUAUUAACAUGACUUUCCCUGCUUUGCCUUGUGAUGUUUUGAGUGUAGACGCCAUUGAUAUGUCUGGCAAGCAUGAGGUGGAUCUUGAUACUAACAUUUGGAAACGCAAGAGAUUGAUACUUUUGCACUGUGUUGUGGAAGUGUUUUAUUGUAGCUGUCUCAUUGUUUUGAGUUUUAGUGGUGCUGAGAUUGCUGCAGUUUGGCAAUUCGCAGUUCUAGAAGUCACUACACCAACAUCAAUUUCUUCUUCACCUUCUACAGAAUGUAGAAGCCUUCUAGCAUCUCCAUCUUUUGGCAUCACAGUCUUGUCAGCAGUCCUGGGAUUUUUUCUGGCAAAUUUGCUCCUAUUUUGUGACCUUUCCAUAUCUUUGUGCAAUAGAUUAGAUGCCUUUGCACUGCCCUCUGUUUUGAGCUUUAAUUCUUGA